UGACGGCAGAGAGAGCUCGGUGGUGACGAAGGUUUUCUCGGUUGAACUUGUGGAUUCAAACAACAAGAAGGAGAAGGAGGAGAACUUCCUGCAGAGCGACCAGCAGCGUCCGUCUGAAGGAACCUUGUGGUCUGCUGAGAACCCUACAGGUUCCUCCCUGAGGCCUCCAGAGCAGUGGAUGAUGGGAGGAGCCUCUCCUCACUCGGGUCCUCGUUUCCUGCCCGGUCGCCUGGGCUCUCCGACCAAACGACAACAAAGUGGCUCCUCCCGACGUUCCCAGUCGGAGAGUUCGGGCGUGAUGAAGCAGCUGAGCGGCACGCAGACGUCCCGGAUCCUCCGAGAGACCGACUUCCUGCGGUGUCCUCAGUGUCUGAGUUUCCGUCCCUCAGAUCCGUUCGCUCGGUUCUGUGUUCAGUGUGGCGCUGCAGUUCCUCCAUUACCUGAGCAGAGACUGCCCCCUGCUGAGGGAGGACAGGUACUACAGACACACCUGUCCUGCUGUCCAACUGUCCACCUUUCCACAUGUCCUCCUGUCCACUUGUCCUGA